AUGAACAAUACGAUUGAGCAUGCCAAAGUUCAAAAAUCAUUAUACAGAUUCGAUGAAAUCCGUGAUGUUCCUAUAUCACACUAUGUUUGCCAAUGGUGGAUUACUCAAUUUCAAGAUGCUCAAGUACAUAACCAAACCAAUCCGUCUAUUGCAUUUAAGAAAAAACAUCGUGAUCAAAUUCGAUAUACAAGAUCAAUGCUUCCGUUUCGACGAUCAGGUUUAUGGAUGACUAUUAAAGCUGUUCUACAUACUAUUCUGGUACGACGUCUGGGAAACGUCGGCACCAUUGUAUACAAAUUGCUAAUUACACAUUUUUUGACUUAUUGUAUAUCGGAGAAAUUAUCAAAUAAUUAUCGAAUAUCUAAUGAUAUACUAAUGCAUUGCCUUCGAAAAAUUGUACGAAGAUUAAAUAAAAUUGAACAAUUGUUGUCACCAGUCGAUUCGAAUGAUAUAAAUCAAUGGAUACAGAAUGUAAAAGAGAAAAUAAAACAAAAAGUCGAUGACAUCACGCCGAGUCCUAACUGGCAAAAGUCUAUCGAGAAGCAGAAAAAACAAAAGUAUGCUAAACUUCAUUUGCAUCCAUAUCAGCAGGAAACUUAUCAACACCCAUGCCGAAAAUUAAAAGAGUAUAUUGAUCAACGGCGUUCUGGUGAAUCCAGCAGAUACUAUUUUGAUAGAUUUGGUUAUAGAUGUUUGGAAUCUAAUAGAGUUGCUGAUAGAGACGAUGAUUUACCAAGAUUCUUGUUAACUAAUCAUGAUGAAGACUCUAUUGGAAUAGUAUUAACACGUGCUGAAAUAUGGAUACAAUACAAUUUAGCAGCCUGGAUAGAUUCAUCAUUACAAUCGGGCAAAGGAGAUCAAACAUUUGAAAAAUUACAAAAUUUUUAUGAAAACUAUCAGAAUGCUGCUUUAAAUUGGUAUUAUUCAAAAAACAAAUCAAUUGAUCCGAUUGGCUACAGUCGAUUUAUUUUAACAUCAUUGACAAUAAUUCGUUUAAUACACAAAACUUUAUGCGAAGAUGGAAGAUUCCAAAGAUUGAAGCUGCAUGCUAUUAGAAUUCCGAAUCUGCUCGAAUUAUUCGAAUUUUUAGUCUUACCAAAUCGAAAUGAGAUGUUUCAAGCUCGAACUUUGUAUGAUUACUUUCAAGAAUUCAGUAAAAAAACAUAUCCAGAUCUAUUAAGUAAUAUCGAAUCCAGGCAUUCUUUCGGUGUUCAAUUUGCUGAUCAAUCACCGGAAAUGAAUGAGACUCUAGAAAAAAUUCAAGAGCAAAUCGAACAAGAUAAAAAGGACAAAACCGAAGAAUUAAAUAAAGCAAAAAAGAAAUAUGAAGAAUUGAUGAAAGAAGUCAUUGAUCUCAAAUGCGAAUGCGAAACUGAUGUCAAGUUGUAUUAUAAAAAAUGUGAUCGAUGCAAGUUUGAAAGAACAGCGAAUAAUAUUAAAGUUGAUAUUUAUGAAUGUCCAAUACCAUCUGAGCGAGAAAGUGCAUUAGCUGUAAUUUUCGAAUUACAAAUGCCGAAUGAAAUCAGAUGCUAUCGAGAUAUCCUUUGGCUAUUUGCUAAUCGUCCUAAUCCAAAACCAUCACAUAAAAUGUACGAAUGGUUAAGCUCUAGACCUCAUGGUAGCAAACUAGCGAUGUUUUAUAAGGGUCCUCGUGACUGUAAAGUACAAUUGUUAUCUGCGAAACAAUCAUUGUCGGAGACACAUUAUUCAGCUCCACGUUCAAUCGCAUCCACACCACUAGAAGAUUUUUUCUACGAAAAUAGUUUACAAGUGCAGAUCACUCCAACAAGACCGACGACACUCCAGGAUGAAUGUCGAACUUUAACACCUGAACUAUCGGAUCCCAAUUAUAAGUCAUUACAAUUUUCUAUCGAAAGUACUCAAUUCGUACAAAAUAAAACCAUUGCUAAUUUAUCAAAAUGUACGCUACAACUAAAACCAAUUGAAUUCUUAGAGUUUGGUUCAUUUCGGUCUGGCCAUCGUUUACAAUGGUGGAAUCUUUUGAGCGCUCUAGAGACAGAUUCCUUAUCGAUAGACGAAGAAAGUGUUGCAGUUCUUAUUACACAUGCACUGUUGCAAAAUGGGCCCUUCGCAAUCGACGGAAAAGCACUCAUAUACUCAUGGUGUCCAGAAUCACAUCAACAACUGUUAGAAGAUCAUUUUGUUGAUGAAUUAAUUGUGAGAUUAGAGCGUCAUUUGAAAGAUUUCGAAUGCAAUUGGCAAAAUGAAUUGGUUUUAAUUAUCAUAACAGUGGUUGUCAUCCGAAUAUUUACUAUUUGUAAUUCAACAAGAAAACAACGUAUGAUUGAUCUCGUUUUAAAAUGCCGUCAUACAGGUGCAAAAUGGAUUCAACUUAUCUUAAAAAGUAUUCAUAAUCCAUCAUCAUCGGAUUCGAAUAAAAUGGAUGCAUUACGCGAUAAAAUUGGAAUUAUCGGCAUUGCAUGUUUGCUCACAUUCUCUGUAUAUACAGACGCUAGUCAUUCGUUAGAUUUAUCCAAUGACGAUGUAAUGUCGCUACUCAACAUGGUCACAACUGUUCAUGAUAAUCUUAUUCUAGGUAAUAAAAAAUUGAAUAUGAGCGUAUUUAUGAGAAAUCUGAUGCGUCAAAGUGAGCGCGUGUUGGUGAGUAUUCAUCCCAUGGUUAAAAAGCUUCUGGAAAAAAAUUCAUAUGAACUUUUAAAUGAAUUUGCGUCUAUAUAUUGGGCAGUUAUCCGAACUAAGGGUAAAGCCGAUGGCAAAUGGAAGAAACGAAGCGAGAAUAUAUAUGAUGGUUGGUACGAUGGUCAAUAUGAAUCAAAUAACGUAUCAAUUGAUUGUUUCAAUGGAAAAUUUGUAGUUAAUGACCAGAGUAUUGGAUUUUUACCGAAUAAUAUCACUUCUGACAAGUUAUUUCAACGUGUAUUUGGUAAUCAUAUUUUUGAAGUACAAAGAGGUGAACAAGACGAUACUUAUAUCACAAAACAUGGAUAUCAUCACGAUGAAAAAGUUCAUUAUGAAUUCAAUCGUCAAAACUAUUGUUUGAGAAUCUACGAACAUCACGCACAGACGAAUGACAGAUUUGAAUUGAUUCCUCCCAAAUGUUUUGAAGACGAACUAGCUGAAAUCUUUGUCUCAAAUUACAGUCAUUGGUGGAAUGAUAAGACCAAAAUAGUAGAAUUUCGACCUGUUCACUUUCAACAUGAGAAUUUUUUACAUGAUAUUCAUUACAUAUUAGCAAUUAAGAAAGGAUUUAUUAGGACAAACAAUACUGAAAAUAGACAAUAUUUAAUUAAUCGAUCAUCAUCAUUUUUCAAGAAUUUAUUUACAAAAUAUUUUAUUCGUCUGGACGGUGAACCCUAUGUAUACAUGUUAGCAGACAAUGGCAUUAUUAACAUUCAUUUAUCUCGAUUAGGUAUUGCAUUUAAAUACAGUCCACAACACAGUACAAUAACAUCACGUGAAUAUUUCGAUAUGCAUGUCGAUGAAAAUCAAUGUUUCGGUACGUUAACAGGUUUAAGAUCGGGUCUUCUACUUUCACCCAUGGCAGCUAUUGAACACAAAAAUAGGCAUAAACUCUGUCGAAAACUGAUUGUGCCUUAUGGAGAAAUUCGAAUAAGUAAAAAACCAGACAGACAUCAUCAAACCGUGACAAUAGAUCGAACAUCAGAAUCUAAGUCGCCAUUUCUUCAUCAAUACUUUGUUUUUAUUUUGAAUGAUCGGUUACGUAUUCUGCAACCGACCGAUAGCCCAACAGGAUGGUUGUAUCUGGGAUUAUUACACGCUGUAACAUCUCAUUGUCUACCGGAUCAAUAUAUUGGCAUGACUGGAAUGGAACGUUCAUUUGAAUUGUUAAAUUCGGCUGGUAGUUGGUCUGAUCAGCCUUUUGAUCCAGUUUGUCGACAAAUUCUUCUUCAAAUCGCCAUCAUUUCACCACAAGUUAAUUAUUACUCAGAAAAUAAUCAAUCCAUGGAAAAGAUCGAAUGGAAUCCUGACUAUUUACCUUAUUCAUUGCAACAUUUCGGCUAUUAUUUAAUAGCCAAAAAGCUAUUAGAAGCUAGUGAAGAAUGGAAUUUUAUGUAUUCAACAUCAGCCACGCCCAAUAACGAUGAACUAGAAAAAUUAUUUAAAAGUAAAAAGUAUAAUGAAAACCUACUGAUGAAGCUUUAUUGGGACUAUCGAGAUUCUUACAAUCCUCUAGCCCGAUUAUCGCCACAGAUGGAAGCCGAAAUCCAGCGUGCCAGUGUCGUCAGCUCGUACAAACCAGUAUGGGAAAAUUCUGUACGUGCAACAAACUACAGCUCUCUUCGUCUAAUAGAUAAUCUAUAUGGUAGUGGGGAUGUUGAUCUUAAAGAUAGCUCACAGCUCAGAUGUUUUCCUCUGUCUCGAUGGCUGUCAAGUGAAUAUCAAUUAAAAAACAUUUGGAUUGGCUUAUUCAAACUCGCUGAAGAACUGAAGACAGUUGAAUCUAACAAUCGACAGGAUGAUAUUGAACGCUUUGAAUUUUUACUCGAUUUUCUACAUUAUAUUUCGGAUAAAUGUUCUUAUAAACCGUUUUAUUUGCAAAUGCUUAAGUCCAUAAUACGAGGACCAAGUUUAUCAUUGAGGUCAUUACCAUAUCCUUCGUUUACCAGAUACGAAAAUAUUGAGGAAAUUUCAUUUCAACGUCAUCGUAUCAAACUUCCGCGAAAUCUUGGUCGUUACAGAUAUCCAAUAGCCAAUCGAGAAAUUGAAGAUUGUUUUCUUCAAAAUCGCGACUAUGAAAACGAAAGUUUCCCAGACAGAUACAUCCGCACGUUUGAAAUCAAUUGUUUAUUUAAAUCGUGGCGAAGGAAUAGUGAACUCCGUUUAUUCAUAAAUAAUAUUCAAAAUCAUGUGCGCUCAAUCGUAAUGGUUCCAUUUCAUACAAAAGUAUCUGUCAACCCACAACGAUUCGGAUUCGAAUCAUUUCGAAAUCAUUAUCAAAUCCAUCUGAAAUUAGCAGAUACAAACAUCGAUCAAAAACUUCUCGAAAGUGCAAGAUUAAAAUUUAUGCAUCCUCAUUCUGAUUAUUUUAUCAAACUAACCGCAUGUGUUCGAAUCACGAAUGAGAAAAAAGAAUUUCCGAAGGAAAUCUUUCCUUCAACAGAUUCUCAAGUCAACCUUAUCAGCGAUAUCGCCAAGUACUUUAAAGAACACUUAGCAGAAAGUUGGAAUCAAUUUAAUAUGCUUGAAGAAUAUCGAAAAGAAUAUCCGUCGUUGAAUAUCACAGAACGAUUUCUUCAUUCUCUUCGUCAAGAAUCGAGGCAAAACUGGAGUGAAUUAGGAAAAUCUAUAAUUUUCACAAAUCAACUACUGUUUAAAACGGGUUUAGCAGUACGAUUUCUUCCAACAACGUUGUUAUCGGUUUUCCAUCAAACAUGGUUGAACGAAACUGAAAUCAACAGUAGAAAUGCUCCGGUAUUAGUUCUCACUCCUGAUCAACGUACAUUGCUUGGUGGAAUCAUGGUCAAUUGGGUUGUAGAACAACAAAUAGAACGAGCUUUACACUUCGGUUAUCAAAAGAAAUGGGAAGACUUUGAAAGAGAAAUAUCAAAUGUGCCACACGCGAACUGGGUGCCAUCACAAAAUCUACCAUGGUUGAUAAUGGAGCUUGAAAUGAAUAUAACCAUUCGAGAAAUACAAGUUGAGGUAGCACGUCAUAUGACUCAGCCCAUAAUGAAUAACAAUGAUUCCAAUAUGCGUAAUACCGUUAUGCAACUGAAUAUGGGUGAAGGCAAAACUUCCGUAAUUGUCCCUAUGUUAGCUCUUAGUUUAUGUUCAUCGUCGUCAAGUUUGGUUCGUAUCAUUGUAUUAAAAUCUUUAUUUCCAACAAACUAUCAAUCAUUACGGCACAAAUUAGGUGGCUUAUUAAAUCGACGUGUACUUUCAUUUGCAUGUCGUCGUGAUAUGAAUUUUAGUGAAUCGCAAGCAAAUCAGAUUUUCAAUCGUCUGCAAUAUGGAUUAAGUCAACGUGAUGUGGUUCUAACUUCACCAGAAGAUAUUUUAUCGUUUGAUUUGCUUACUAUAGACAAAUGUCGACGAAAUGAGUUUGAUGUUGGCCGGCCAAUGUUAUCGACUCAACGUUGGAUAAAAACAUACGUUCGUGAUAUUCUAGAUGAAUCUGAUGAAAUUUUGCAUGUUAAAUACCAAUUGAUUUAUUCAAUUGGUGGUCAGAAACAAGUCGAUGGAGGUUUAGAACGUUGGCGAACUAUUCAAUCAGUACUCAACUUAGUUAAACAACAUGCUACAAGCAUCGCAACAGAAUUCAACGAUGAUGUUUCAUACAAAGUAUCAGAACGUAAAAGUAGUUUUCCAGAAUUUCGUUUACUUAAUCAUCGACCGUUUCUAGAGUUAUGUAAAAGAAUUGCAAAGGACUGGCUAAAUCAAAAAAACUUUCGUCAAUCAGAUGAAGAACUUAUCUUACAAUUCAUACUUGAUAUAAGUGUACCAAUUACAUGUCUAAAAGAUCGAUUUCCUUAUAAUAUAAUUCAGUUAUUUCUCGUCAUGCGAGGUCUUCUAUCAUCGGAAGUUCUUUUUGUUACAUUGAAAAAACGCUAUCGUGUCAAUUUCGGCGUUAAUCCUAAUCCAAAAUUUAAUCGUCUAAUGGCCGUACCAUUUCGUGCGAAAGAUGUUGCAGCAGAAAAUACAGAAUUCGGACAUCCAGAUGUUGCUCUUGUUCUAACACAAAUUUCUUAUUAUUAUAGUGGAUUGAGUGAUUUACAGUUACGUCAAUGUUUUGAUCGUUUGAGUCAGAAUGAAAAUGAUCCGGAAGUGAUAUAUAAUGAAUGGAUUUCACUUGAAGAAGACAAUGAUACAAUUGCACGUAUUAAACAAUGGAAACAAGUCAAUCUAAAAGAUAAACAUCAACGAACUGAACAACUCUUUCCAACUUUCCGACGAAAUAUGCAAGUUAUAAAUUAUUUUCUCAAUAAUUUCGUCUAUCCUUAUGAAUCAAAACAGUUUCCUCAUAAAUUAAUUGCUUCCCCAUGGGAUUUAUCUUCAUCUGCACGUAAGAAAAUAAUGACUGGAUUUAGUGGUACUAAUGAUACACAGUUAUUAUUACCGGUCCAUAUCCAUCAGUGUGAUUUACCAGAACUAAAGAAAACUGAUGCUGUCGUUCUUAAUAAUUUGCUUCAACCGAAAAAUGAACAUUAUCGAGAUUUGCCUAUUAGUGCAAGUUCUGAAGAGAUUCUAAAACAAAUUGUUAAUACUGAACCAAUGAUUCAAGUUAUACUGGAUGUUGGCGCAUUAUUUAUUGAUGGAAGUAACCGUCAAAUAGCCAUUAAGUGGUUAGACCUCUCGAAUAUAAAUAGAAUAGAUUAUGUUGUAUAUUUCGAAAUGGAUUCAAUAUUUGUUUGUGAUCGUCAAUAUCAACACCAUGCAUUUUCGACAUCUCCUGCUAGUGAACGACUCGAUCGUUGUCUAUUUUACUUGGAUGAAAUUCAUACGCGAGGAACAGACUUUAAGUUUCCCAAUGAAUUUAGAGCAGCUGUUACUUUAGGUAACGGUCUUACCAAAGAUCGAUUAGUUCAAGCAUGCAUGAGAAUGAGAAAAUUAGGUAAACACCAUUGGUUGAGUUUCUGGAGUUCAAGCGAAGUUCAUCACCAAGUACAAACAUUGAAGAAAACUUCAGCUUUGUAUAAGGAAAAAGAAAACGUCAACGAUCAUAUUUCUUUGACUGAUAUUCUUCGUUGGGUAUAUGAAAAUACUCAACAGGCAAUAUGGGAUGGAUUACAUCAUUGGGCAACACAAAGCUUAAGUUUUCAGCAAAAAAAUUCUGCUUUUCGGAAUAUUGACUGGAAUAAUUAUCAGCAAAUUCUUACAAAUAUAAUGAUGGAAAAUUUAGCCAAAGCAAGUUUAGAAGGUGAAAUCUUAGAUUUAAAAACUAUGUAUGGUCAUGAGAAAAUAUUUCAAACAGUGUACGAGAUCUACUCGACUCGCUAUCAAUAUUCGAAUACUGGCUAUUCGACUGAAAUUCAUGAAGCAGUUUCAAAACGAUUGCUCGAUUAUGGCGGUUCGAAAAAACUUCUGACACAAUUAUUAGAUGAAGAACAGCAACGAGAACUAGAACGAGAACAAGAAACAGAAGAAGAACGACAACAAGUACGACCUAUAGCUGCCGUUCCAUGCGAGCCUAUACUGCAUCAUGAAGUUUUGAACCUAUGUGAAACUCAAGGUCCAAUGUUGAACUUAUCACACUUACCUAAUGUGUUUUGUCCUAUUGCCGAUGCUUUCAUAGGUAUGACAUUCUACCGUGAAAGCCAACCAGGUUGUUGGCAAGAAAAUCUAUGGAUUACUACUGAAUUCAAGCGGGUCAUUCAAACGAAAGGAGAAUCGUUAGAUCCAUUUCUACGUCCUCCACGUUGGGUACUCAUCUAUCGUAAUCAACACAUCAUAUUCCUAAGUCCCUACGAAGCUAAUGAACUGAUGGAUCACCUUCAAUAUCUUUACCAUAAAUCACCAUCUGAUAAAUUAAUGCAAACAACAUUACGUUUAUUGUUACCACGUACUAGACGAGAUCAAUCGAUACUGUUCAAUACACGAACUCUUACGAUUCCUCCGUUGAUUUCAUUUGAUCCUGAAAUUCUUGACUAUUCGAUUCCAAUUGAACUUUUGGUAGCAUUAUUUGCAUUUAAUGGAACGAUCUACUUUGAAAAUAAACGAGAACAAGAUGCUUAUUGUAAAUUUCUUGGUCUAUGUUUGAAACCUCGAAACGAGAUCGAAACCAAUGCUUUUGACAAUGGUUGGAUUAAUAUUGAUGGCUUUGUGGAAAACUUAAAUCAUCGGCAACAAUUACAACUUCAUCAAUGCCGUUUCUCAUCCAAUCCGUUAAGUUUCAUCAGGAAAUUGAUUGAAAAUCGUAAUCAGGCACACGCACCACUUUCAUCGCAUGUUGGAAGUAUUAUCAUAAACGCUAUCAAAUUACCGAUCGAAUGA